AUUCAAAGGAAAACGAGGAAGGUGUACUAAACACAAGAUAGCCCGGCACCGGCAGACGCAAAAGAAAUGCGAUGCUAUGGAUUGACUCCGAUACACGGAAGCGAGUGUCGCUUCUUCUACCCCAACGCCACGCGGUCUAUUCCAAUACCCCGUCCGAAUUCCCGAUUUCUCUCUUCCUCCGUGAAUUUCUUCCCCUCCAAACUCGUAAUACCUUCGCCCCGGACACCAGCAUGCUCGCUCAGGGCCACCAUCAACGAUGUGUUCGUGACCGAGGAGGCCGCCGGGUUGAGCUUCUACGAGCUUCUGGGCAUACCCGAGUCCGGAUCCUUGGUCGAGAUCAAACAGGCCUACAAGAAGCUCGCCCGGAUGUACCACCCGGACGUGUCCCCGCCCGGUCGGGUCGAGGAGUAUACCAAGCGGUUUAUCCGGGUCCAGGAGGCCUACGAGAUCUUGUCGGAUCCGAGAAGGAGAGCUCUCUAUGAUAGAGACUUGGCGAGAGGUCUCCACCUCGCGUUCUCCGCCCGAACACAAUACCAGAGCGACGAGGGCAUGGAAGACAGAAAUGAGUGGACGAACCGUUGGCAAUCUCAGCUAUCAGAGCUAAAGAGAAGAAGCCAGAACAGGGAUGGGGGUGGAGAUUUGUCCUGGGGAGCUCGAAUGCGAACGCGAAGGGAUGAGCUAGCAAAUGAAUUAUAAACGGGUUUUCUUCUACUGGCUAUGAGGGUACAUGGUUAAUGUUGAAAGCGGAAACUAAAUCUUUGCAUGCCCUCGGAUUAAUGCUGAAGCCUGACCAGGGGCAGGGCAAAAGUUUCCAAUGUUAAUGUUUCAACUUUUGCAUGGUGCUGUUCUCCCUUCCAUCUUUAAAAUCUCCCAUUGUCAAGUGUUUCUGGGGUUGGAUUCGACUCCUGCAUAUUUAGCUGCAUUUACCCUCGUUUUUACGAUGCUUUGUGUUGGAUAUUCCAUUCAAAACAGAAUCAUUUCCAAGCAUUCCGUGUUGAAGGUUGCCUAACUCAAAAGCCUGGGUCAAGUUGACGUAGUAAUGGAGGAUGCUGCUUGCUGCUAGAAGUUGACAGUUUAGUGGUUAAUAGCAAGAUCGGCCAUCAGCUCCCUCUACAUUCAGUUUUAUUUAAAUUGCCAAAGUUUGAGGCCUUGUAUUCUGGGCAAUGUGAAUUUGAGUGAAUGGUUCCCACUUUUGGUAUAAGAAAUUGUUGAUCUAUUGCUUCCCAAUGCCAUGCCUUUUGGUAUAAAGGACCGAUACCCUUUGGGCUGUGAUUAAAAUAGUGUUACUUGUCAUGCCAGUUUGUAAAUGGCUGUUUUGCAAGGAAAGCAUACCAAAACCACACCUCAAAUGUAGUUUUGGCAUACAAUUUGUGAAUUCACUCAAUAUGAAAUUAAGAGAAUAGGAUUGAGGGGUUUUGAGUUUUGACCUAUCUAAUGCAUUGGAUUGAGCCGAAUUCAAUGCA